UUAAGAUUGACAACUGUUACUAAUACAUCGAUUAACGUUCGGACGGGUACAAGCAACUCCGACAUUCAUGCAAAAACUAUUUCUAACUUAUUGACAUUGGUCAAUCAUAAACAGCACAGGAAAAGAAGGGAGAGAAAGAAUACAUUUGGACCAAAAUUUGAAAAAAAUUCCGGUAGUGAUGGAUUUCCUAGAAGAACAAUCAUAGAUUCUGCUGUGUCAUUCGGAAUAACAGAUUCGCACUUGACUUCUGGAUCUCUAGUAAAUCCACCAGAAAUGCGUAGUAAACAAAUCCAAAAUGAAAUGGUGGACACAAGCGCAAUGACUUUAAACAAUAGUGAACAUAAAAGCCUGAAAAUAUUAACGCCUAAAAUGGUGAGAGAUUACGGUGGUCAGUUUCGACCUUUUAAACCGAGAACACCAUCAACUCAAACAACAACAGAAAUCCAUAAUUUAGUUGGAUUAAACAGAACAACAUUAUCGUCGACUACUGGUACUAGUCCUGUUUCGGUAAGCCUUGCACCAAAAGAAAUUACAACAAAAACAGUUACCAGACAUAAUCCGCAUUUUACCACGGGUGGCUACAGUUCCGAAGAAUCGGCGACUGUCACUGAAAUUCCAAUUCAAAACAGGACUGACGAAAAUGACACGAAUCCUGGUCCCGACCUUGAAAAAAAGGAUGAAGAGCUCGUGCCAGCACCACGUGAUGAUAUAGAUUCCUUUUCACCAGCCAAUUCUGUACACAACAAUGAAACUGCUUUAGCUUUUGACUCUAACCAAGUUAACCUCCAGAUGGAUCUAAUGAUGUUCCCUUCUGCAAGAGCAGAUGUCAGGAAAAGGAAAAUAGAAAGACUACGAUUCUGUGCAGGGUUUAGGACGAAUUUUGGUAAUGCAAACGUUGGCUUGCGGUGCUGUAUGAGGACAUUGAAUUGUUUUGACAAUCUUCCACAAUAUCUGGAUGAAACAUUGUUCCACCGAGGAAGACAUCACUUCAGUCCUGCUGAGAGACUCCAUCUUUGCCAAGAUAUAGACGAUUCCAUGCAUUGUAUAGAAAGAGAGCUGGACAGACGUAGUUGUAAAUCAGUAACUUCUUUAAUGAACAGAAAAAUGCAACCACAGAUGGGAAAAGUCAAACAGUUUUAUCAGAGCAUUUGUCCUAAAGAUCCAAAUAUUUCUACUGUCCCCCGAAAUGGAAAACCUACUACACCAACAAACCACAACAAUCUUAAAAGUAGAGGAUUCGGUCCAAUCCCGGGAUCACUAUUACCGUUUGUAGGAGGUGCUAUUGCUGGGUUGAUAAUAUUGUCCAUAGUCAUGAUUAUUGCGAUAUAUUGUAGAAAACAAUGCAAAAUCAAAAAACGUAAUUCUAACAGUCAAGAAACAAGUUUCGAAUCCGACCAAUCUCUGAGGUAUAAGUCAGUUUCGCACAACCGACGGAGGUCUAGUGUAUAUGAAGAAAUAGACGAAGAUAAAAUGGUCCCUUCAAUAAAUUCACCAAAGAAAAAGAAGGAACAUGGUGUGGACGAAUCGCGCAUAUCAAGGAAACUACCGAGUGCUCCAAGUGAGGAGAAAUUUAAAACUGGAAAUCAUUAUUAUCUAUCUCCAACAUCGAGUUUACCAGAGGAUAACCGAAUAAAUGACAAUGAUAAAGCCGUUACAAACUUUGGGUAUCUAGAUCUACAAACUGAUGAGAAUGGCCAGUCUUACGCCAAAUUAAAGACAGAAGGAGAAUAUAUUACGCCGGAAGAAAUAGCAAGUACACCAAAACAAAGAGAGAAAAAUCCAAAAGAAGAAUACCACAUGUAUUUUGUAUUAGAAAAGGAGGAUGAAUAAGUUAGCAAAAUGCAUGUAAUAAAUCGAUUCCAAUAACUUACAUAUUUAUUAAAUAUUUAUUUA